AUGGCGUCUUCCUUGAUCACCAUUCAACGCGACAUCAUUCUAGACGCGAUUCGCCAUGCUGCAGGAAAUGACAUUGUCUCGAUUUGUGUGGUCCUAGGUGAAUAUCCUGUUAUUCGGUACUACCGACCCCGGACGCCUACCCACGAGGCCAGUGUUCUAUGCUCCCAUUUAGCACGCUUCGUGCAGGAUGAAAUUGAUCGCUAUGCCGGCAUGAAUCGGGGUUUUCCGCCACAAAAUCCAAGACCGAGAGCCGUUCUUCUAAUCGCCGACAGAUCUAUGGAUCUUUUCUCUCCGUUACUUCACGAGUUCACUUAUCAAGCCAUGGCUCAUGAUUUGCUUCCAAUCAAAGAAGGUGAUAAAGUUACGUAUAAAACAGUAAUCAAUGAAGGCAGCCCGAAGGAGGAGGUUAAAGACAUGGAAAUAGGUGACCAUGAUCGCGUAUGGGUUGACUAUAGGCAUCUCCAUAUGAAAGAUGUGCUGGAAAGAUUAGCCGAUGAUUUCGCUAAAUUCCGAGCAGCAAACCCGCAAUUCGCGGACGAGGCCUCCAAUGUCACGGUCAACACUAUCAAGGACAUGCUGGCAGGUCUUUCGGAUUUCCAAGAAGGGAAAAAUGCCUACACGCUUCAUUUGAAUAUGGCACAAGAGUGCAUGAAAUAUUUCCAAGAGCGCAACCUACUAGAGCUUAGCUCAGUGGAACAGAGUCUCGCUACUGGCUUGGAUGAGGAUUACAAGAAACCAAAGAAUCUUGCCAUUCAGCUCGUUCGUCUUCUAGACGAACAAUCAAUCAUCAAUUCCGAUCGCUUGCGGCUCAUUAUUAUGUAUUUAAUGUACCGUGAUGGCUUACUUGGAGGCGAUAUUCGCAAACUGGUGGCUCAUGCAAAGCUUCCUCAGCAGGAUGAAGAGGUCAUUUAUAACCUUGAUCUUCUAGGCGCUAGAGUCCAAAAACCAUUGAAAGACACAAAACCUGCAUGCCAACCACUCUUCCCACAAAAACAACCCACGGCAACACAGGAACAGGACGUUAGUCUUUCGCGUUUUGAGCCGAACGUGAAGAGGAUGAUUGAGGAACAAAUUAGGGGCACCUUGGAUCCUACUGUAUUUCCAUACACCCGCCCUCAGACAGAGUCUGAAGGUGCGAUGCGCGAACAAAUCUCACAGUCAUCAUUGCGAAGCGCAAAGCCCACUUGGGCUCGCACAAGGGGAUCAGGGGACCAGCCUCGGCAACGCAUAAUAGUCUUUGUGGCUGGCGGAGCAACAUAUGCAGAAGCACGAACAUGCUACGAAAUUUCUCAAUCUUCUUCCAAGGAUGUCUUCUUGGCUACGUCACAUAUGCUGACUCCAGGACUGUUCCUCCGCCAACUUGGCGAUUUGAGCGUAGACAAAAGGCGACUCGACAUACCAGCAGAGAGGCCGAAGCCAACAGCACCUGCGCAUCUUUUUGAAAAGGAUCCGCCGCCACCGGCAGCCGUUAAGCCUUCAGCCGCCCACGCUGCUCCUACUGCUGCCAUGGCAAAUAUGUCCCUGAACUCUGAUCGGUCUAACGCACAAACACCACAGCCACCACAGACCGCAAAUCCCCCGCCACCUAGUGGAAAGCUCUACAUGAAAACUUCGUGCUUCUCAAAGAUGCUCAGCGCAUUUGGCUUUCCUCUCUUCUCGGUGGCGGCCAAUUUCUCUGUAAUUGUGUUUGCUCCACUGAUACCAUGUCUUUGA